UGUUUUGUUCAUGACACACUAAAAUGCGAAAAAAAAGUUUGAAUUCGCUUAGAACAGAACAAUAUAAUUGCUGUGAUCGUAUUUCAACACCCGGUAGAAUACAGGCGUAACAAGUUCCUUGGUUAAAUAUGUCAAAAAAUUAAUAUUUAAUUUGCGACGGAAUCUGGCAAAUAAAAGGCGUAUCUAAGUUCGAUUGUUAUUUCAUCAUCUCAUGAACUAAAUAUGGGCGUUUUUUCGUAUGUUCGGUGCAAUUUCUUGCUGGUAUUUUACGGCAUUUUGUUAACGUGUCCUACAGUUUGCUUCGCUGUUACUGAGGUCGAUGUGCUCAUCUUAGGAGCUGGUAUCUCAGGAAUCACCGCGGGAAGUUACCUCCAAAGCAACGGACAAUCGAAUUUUCUCAUCCUCGAAGCACAAGAUUACAUCGGUGGUCGCGUGAAGCAGGUUAAAAUCGGCGGUUUGACGGUGGGUGAAGGUGCAAACUGGGUACAUUACGUCGAAGAUGGAGAUGAAAAUCCAAUUCUGGUAAUCGCAAAUAAAAUUAAUCUCAUGAGAUAUUCGAUGAACAUCAGCGAUUUCACUCUGAGGAAUUCUAUCCACCAGAAUGAUGAUCUUGGCAAGGCUUAUAAAACCGUCGAAGAAUUGGGAAUGAAACUCACUGAGCAAAACGAGAACAAUGCGCAAUUGAGUGGGGACGAGCCAUUGAGUUCAGUUUUUGCCCAACACGGCUGGAUCCCAGAUACAGCUUUGAAACGAACAGCCGAAUGGUGGUACCUUGAUUUUGAAUAUUCUGUGAAACCUGCACUGGCCUCUUUCCGACAAUUUUCAGGCAUUCCCUUGGAAAAUGAGUAUAUCACGGACAAUCGUGGAUUCAAAGGUAUCAUUGACUAUUUAUCCCAAAACAUCACGGGUAAAUUUAAAACAGAAAAGGUCGUAACGCAUAUAAAGUUAAACACUUCGAACGGAAUCGAAGUUCGGACAAGAGAUGGUGAAACGUUCAAGGCAAAAUAUGCUCUUUGUACUUUCAGUACGGGUGUCUUAGCUUCGGAUUUGGUAACAUUUGAACCAGAAUUACCGAAAUGGAAGAAAGUUGCUAUAAGUAGAUUGCCUCUUGCCUAUUACACCAAUAUUUACGUGAAGUUUCCGAGCGCGUUUUGGGAUGAUACCGAGUUUAUUUUGAAUGCUGGUUCCUUGACUGAAACAUUUCCUCUCGUGUAUAACCUUAACAUAAAAGAUUUUCACCGUGGUUCAAAUGUGUUGUUAUUCAGUGCAACUGGUGAGAAUUCUCUUCGCAUUGAAGCACAGAGCAAAAAUGCGACAAAAGCUGAGGUCAUGAAAUCUUUGAGAGAAAUGUAUCCCAACGUCAAUAUUCCAGAACCUUUAGAGAUGACCGUGGGUAGUUUCAGUCAAAAUCCGUACAUCCGCGGUUCCUUCAGCAAUGCUGCGGUUGGUGUUACCUCAGCCGACUUUAAUAAUUUACAAGGACGCCUGGGUAACCUUUUCUUCUCGGGGGAAGCGACGAGCGAGAAUUAUUGGGGAUACAGCCAGGCUGGGUACUCCGGUAGUUUAAAGCAAGCUAAGGUGAUCCACAGCUGUCUCAAUGGUGGAGAAUGCCCAGCCUAUGAGCCCGAGAUCGCUAGUAUUUGUAAAAAUAAGAACAUUGUUCCUAGUUCUGCGAGUAUCGGCCUGUAUUCACCUGCUUUUUUCAUCUUGAUUAUUCUGUUUAUGUUAUUUAACUAACUUGAUUCGUCAAACACUUAUUGCCACGAAUAUCUACGUUCAUUAUAUGAUUGCAAACAAUUCGCUAGAAU